AUGACAAACCAGGCCGAGCUGCAACUAGAUCCUUCCCACGAUGGCAUCAACGAUCUACCUUCCAUGGGAACCAGGGAUAAGUGGGCCCCACCUGGUAUCAAACACUCUGCUUCGCCAUUUUACGUGCUAGGACAUUCUUUCGAGCUAGACCUGAAAGCCCCAAGACGCCUCAGAGAGCUGAACAUUGACCCGUGGAAAACCUUGCUCGCCAAUGUGAUAGACUACGACGCGGCAUCACCACCGAGAGUCCUGGUCUGCGGCAGACGGUCGUCUGGACUUUCGACACUAGUCAGAUGCAUCACAAACCGCUUGCUUGCCAAACAGGCUAAUAGCUCCAAGUCUGCACACAUGGCCGGUGUUACCCUGGUGGAUCUAGACGCAAACACGCCGGAGUUUGCGCCGCCAGGAAUGAUCAGUUUGGUACAUGUCCGCAAUCUGGUGUUCGGCCCGCCGUUCACGCACCUAAUGCCGCCAUCAAAGGCCGAUACUAACCCUAUGUUGAGAAAGCAUUUCCUUGGUGACAUAGACGCUAUAGAUCUGGCAGAUUGGCACCUUGCAAAAGUGUACGAUCUUCUGGACCUUGAAAAGGACUCCCAGACAAGGCGGAAAAAUACGCCGGUUGUUAUCGUUCUCCCAAAGUGGCUGAACGGAGUCGAUCCCAGUACAGCGAGCAAGCUCUGGAACAAGAUGUCGCCCACACAAAUCAUUUGCCUCGACCCGAAUCCAGCAUCGCCUCAUCUGGAGCCUUGGCGUCUACUUGCUGGGAGAGACAGCUGUGCCAUUUGCCGAAUGCCGGUUCAGGUAUUUGAUAGGAUUCCGGUUGUGCGAGAGCACAAUCUGCAAAUGCAGUCGUACUUCCACCUGGAAGGUUCAGACACCAGUCGCCAACUCUGGAGCGAAAUGCCGAUCCUAGCGACGACGUCUCGAACGGCGACACUAUCAUAUCGCAGUGAUGGGGGAAUAAUAUGCGUCAUCAUCUUGUUAGGCAGCCAUGUCGCCCUUGAGGACACGUACGAAGCUUUGGGCGGAAGCCUUGUUGCACUGGUGGCUGUUCCGAUGUCCGAAACUCUGGUACAUCCAGAUAGUGGGCUGGAGACGGACAGUUUAAAAAGCGGCUUCCGAUCGGGCGAAGUAAGGCGGACUGACGAAGGCCUGCCCCGCUGGCAAGAACAUGCUGGAGUCGAGGACUUCUUGCAGUGUCGAGCUCAGCAUUCCUUCUGCUUGGGGUUAGCAAUUGUGCAGGAGAUCGACGUUGCCAAAAGAGAGCUCAGUCUGACUACAGGACCUGAGAUACAGGUGGAUGAUAUUCAGCGACAAGGUUACCGUGUUGCACUUGUAGUACCCAAAGCAACGGCAGACGGAAGGUUUAGGACGGAUUGGGCGCAUAGAGAGAUGGGUACAAGCAAUGGCAGAAGUCAGUAG